AUGCACUCUGUGAACCCCAUGUACUCCGGUACCUACCUCAAGCACUCCCAGUACCCCAAGCACCCCGGGCACGCCACACCCAGUCCUGCCAUUCUGGAUGGGUUUGGGCAGCGAUUCUUCGUGCGGGUGGCCAGCAGGGUCCCUACACGGCCCUGCCUGGCGGCACCGAUCCAACUCCCGAAACCCAACCCAAAGUCGUGGGAGGAUCCCUGCGGGAUCCACUGCUCAGGGACUCUUGGCUUCCCACCUCCGUCUCUCCCACAGGCUCCACUGGGAUCCGAGGGCUGGCUGGGGGAGCCGCCACCACGCCAGGAUCCGGCCAGCCGGGAGGCCGUGCUGCGGGUGCUGGACGCGGGGCUGGAGCAGUACCUGGCGCUGCACUCGGCCAUGCAGUGCAUCCCCGUGCCCUGGCACAGGAAGCUCUCGGGCAAGGCAGGCAUCGAUGAGGUGAUGGCGGCCGCGGUGCUCACCAGCCUCUCCACCAGCCCACUGGUGCUCGGGCACCCACCGGCCACUCAUGCCCCAGAGCCGGGUGGUGAAAUCUGGAAGGAGGCUCCUGCCAUGUCCUCCAGCUGCAGCAGCAGCAGCAACACCAGCGGGGACUGGAGCUGGGACCCCCCCAGCGACCGCUCCACCCCCUCCACCCCCUCACCCCCCCUCUCCAGCCACGUCCCCGGCACCUUCCUGCCCACUCCGCUGUCGGAUGAGGGCCCUGAUGAGCCCAACGGCACCCACUUCAUCUUUGGAGAGCCCAUCCCACGGAAAAGGAAGAACUCCACCAAGGUGAUGUUCAAGUGCUUGUGGAAGAGCUGCGGCAAAGUCCUCAGCAGCUCCUCAGGGAUACAGAAGCACAUCCGAACUGUGCACCUUGGCCGGAAAGCUGACCCCGAGCAGAGUGAUGGUGAGGAGGAUUUCUACUACACGGAGCUGGACGUGGACGUGGAUGUGCUGACGGAUGGGCUCUCCAGCCUGACUCCUGUCUCACCCACCUCCUCGGUGCCUCCCGCCUUUCCUGGCCCCGAGGCUCCGGCUCCGCCGCUGCCGCUGGCACUGCCGAUCCCCGACCUGGCACUGGCCUCCCCCUGCAGCCCCCCGGGCCCCCCCGGCCGCUGCCACGUCCACACGGACCACGCGUACCAGGGCUGCCGGAUCCCCCCGCGGCCACCGGUGUCCCCUUCCUCACCCACCCCACCUCCGCCCAAGCCACCCGCCGUCCCCAGGAGGCCGCGGGGCGAUGCCAAGAAGUGCCGCAAGGUGUACGGCAUGGAGCACCGGGAGAUGUGGUGCACGGCGUGCCGCUGGAAGAAGGCCUGCCAGCGCUUCCUCGACUGACGGGGCCCCCCCCCGGCUCCCUCCUUCUUGCACAUUUUGCACUCGAGGUGCCUUCGCGCCCCCCCGGCCGCCCCCCCGGACUCAGGGAACGGCCCCCCGAAAGCUUUAUGCACACACACACACAGCCCCCCUGCCCCCCCAGCCAGGGAGCUUCUCCCCCUUCCCCCUCUUUUUCCUUCGAAAAUAAGCUAAAUCCAACCCCGCUCCUGGCAGGUGGGGGCUGUGGGGGGGUGUGGCUGGCUGCUCCCGGCCCCCUCCCCACUCUGGCUUGGGGACCCCCCAAAUAAGCUGUGCCUGUGGCCGGUGGGGGCUCGGGAAAGGGGGUGUCUGUUCCUCCCGGGGGGCAGCCCCAGUGCCCAGGGCAGAAGUGGGCGCCUGCCCCCCCUUUUUACCCCCCCAGGGGGUUUUUACUCUUUGUAUUGUCAUUUCUCUCUCUUGUUCCGGGGAGCAGCAGCUCCCUCCGGGGCAUGCCCCGGGAAGUGCCUGCAGGAAUGCGCCCAUUUGCACUAAGCCAAACUGCACAAAGAGGGGUCUUUUUGUUUUCCUUUUUUUUUCUUUUUUUU